AUGGCCACCGCGCCGCUCUCACAAGUGUGCCAGAACUACCACCCCGACUGCGAGGCCGCCAUCAACAGCCAGAUCAACCUGGAGCUCUACGCCUCCUACGUGUACCGGUCCAUGGCCUUCUACUUCAACCGCGACGACGUGGCCUUGAAGAACUUCGCCCAGUUCUUCCUGCGCCAGUCCCACGAGGAGACCGAGCAUGCCGAGAAGCUGAUGCAGCUGCAGAACCAGCGUGGAGGCCGCAUCCACCUCCGAGACAUCAAGAAGCCAUAUUGCGACGACUGGGAGAGCGGCCUGGAGGCCAUGGAGUGCGCCUUGCACCUGGAGAAGUGCGUGAACCAGAGCCUGCUCGACCUGCACCAGCUGGCCACCGACAAGAACGACGCCCACCUGUGCCAUUUCCUGGAGAGCCAGUACCUCCACGAGCAAGUCAAGUUCAUCAAAGAGCUGGGGGUCUAUGUCACCAGCCUGCGCAAGAUGCGGGCUCCGGAAGAUGGCAUGGCGGAGUACCUCUUCGACAAGCUCACCCUGGGCGACAGUGACAAAAAGAACUGA